CCUCCAUUGUUCAGUUCUUGAAAGUGAGAAAUUUCUUUGUCGUCGUCUUCUCUCAAGAAUCAAGGUCCAAACGUAAAACUUUAUAGUUUCAGAAAAAUGAGGCCACUAGACGAGAACGAAACAACUCAAGUUUUCGAAAAGAUGUUUAAAUUUACGGGCAACAAUCUGAAGAACAUUGUAGAUAGGCCUUCUUUGGAAGGAACCGACACCAAUCCUGGUCGUUAUUGUUUCCGUAUGCAGAAGAACAGAGUGUUCUACGUGAGUGAGUCUUUAGUCAAGCGUGCCACGAAUGUCAAACGUGAUAAACUAGUUUCCCUUGGUACCCAGAUUGGAAAGUUUACAAAAAACGGUAGCUUUCAUCUCACCAUACAGUGCCUGAAUCUUCUAGGGGACAAUGCCAAACAUAAGGUGUGGCUGAAACCCACAUCUGAGAUGUCUUUUCUGUAUGGAAACCAUGUGUUGAAAGGAGGGUUGGGGCGUAUUACAGAGAAUAUUGUGCCUGGUGAUGGUGUUGUUGUCUUCUCUAUGGCUGAUAUGCCUUUGGGAUUUGGUGUUGCAGCUAAAUCGACUCAGGACUGCAGGAAGAUGGAUCCUAAUGGAAUUGUGGUUCUUCAUCAGGCUGAUAUUGGUGAAUACUUGAGGAUGGAAGAUGAUCUUUGAGAGAAGGAUUUAGUAAACAUGUAACUCAAUUUUGCGAUACAGGGGUGUUUUAUGUUUUAAGAUUGACACUGUAUCUUAAGAUUUCUUAUUGGAUUUCAGGUCUAAAUUUUUCUCUACUUGAAAUCAAUAUAUGUUUUUUGCUUG